AUGCAGCAGUCGAUCAACGACCAUUUCAGCGGCUGUUCGGACUUGCGUGAAAUCAACGAAGCGAAAGUAGCGAAUAUUUUGUCUUACUUGGAUGGCGCGACUGCAGCCAGUGUCCACGCCGCAUCCAGCCUUUCGGGGCUUCCCCUCACCCACUCUACAUUGUAUCAAAACACUCACAUUGAGUCACCAUCAUUUAGAGCUGACGGAGAAAAGACCACCACAAUUUCUGUUUCCCCCACUGAGCUGUUGAUGCGAAAUCAUGAGGGAGCGGAAAACGCGCAAGCAACAUACUUAGGAAUCAAAAACAAAAUAGAAAAGCUUAAAUUUGAGAAGGAUGAGCUUCACCGUGAGAACGAGGAGCUCCGCCGGCGCCUAGAAGGUUGGAGAGAACAAGAGGAGGCGCGCCGAAAUGAAAUGAAGAUCAAUUUCAAGAAGGACAUAACUGAAGUUAAGCAAGAGCUCACGGAGCACAAGAAGAAGAGUGCCCAGCAAAUAUCUAACCUCACCAAGGAGAGGGACAACCUUAAUAAAAGUGUUGAGGCUCUCUCCUUGCAACUUCGUAGCGAGCUCUCUAAUCGCGAGGAGGAGCGGCGUAAGUUGGAGUCCGCCAAUGCCGCCACGAUAUCCGCGCUAAAGGCGAAGUGGCAGGCACAGGAGCGUGCCUCGCGGGAAAAGUGGAAGCUGGCAGAGGCCAAGCGCAUCAAAGAGACGACCUUGCAAUCACUUGAGCCGGAUAUUGUGCUCCUGCUGAACCGCCACAAGGCCGAAAAGGCUCGCCUCCGCGAGGACUUUGAGAACGAGCUGCGACAGCGCGACGAGGUGAUCGCCGCGAAGGACGCCUCGGUGGAGGAGCUUAAGUCCCGUCUUCAGCGCGACGCCGAGGCUGCGCUUCGACGCGAGCAGCACGCCUUUCAGGAGCGGCUGGAUGAAGAGGUGGAGCGGGUGCGGCGCCAGCUAAGCGAGGACCAACGCAGCGAGAAGGCUAAGUGCCAACAGAUGGAGUCGUUCUUCGAGGAACAAAAGUGCACUAUGCAGCGCGAGAUCGAGAGGCUAGGGAGGGAGGUGUUGGAGCUCCAAUCCACCCUGACCAAGGAGAGGGCGGGCUUCCACGAGGCCGUCGCGGAGGGGGUGGCGCGCGUGACCGGACAGUCCAACAACAUGUUGGAGAAUCUAAAGGAAAAGCUGAUGCUGGAAUUCAGCUGCCGUGAAAAGGCGGCGGCGGAGCAGAAUGCGCGGCAUUUGCACGCAAAAGAAAAUGAGCUUCGAAAGAAAUUUGAAAUCGAGCGCGACGCGGCGAUUGCUGAAGUGACGCAGCAGUUAAAAGCCGAACAGGUACGUCUGCUUAACUCUUCCCGAGGCGCGGAUGACCUGCUGAGGGAACGGUACGGACAGCUUCAGAAUGAGAACGAACGACUACGUGUUGAGCUUGAGCUCAUGCGUGAACAGGUAAAAGCUGCGCUCGCCGCUAAAAAGGAAAGAGAGAAGGAGAUGGAAAACAUGCGCGAAGUGUGCAACCUUUCAGAGCAGCACAUAAAGGCAAUUGAGACCCGCAUCCGAUCACAAUAUGAAUCGAAGAUGAGCAUUUUGGAUAACGCAUGGCGUACCAAACUAAACGAGGUUGAAACUCAGCAUAUUAAUGAAAUAUGUGAACUUCAAACACAAAUAGACACACUCAAGCGUGACCUUCAGGCCGAACGGAAUCGUUUUGAGAUAGAACAAAACAACCUGGAACAGAGGCAUCAUGCUGAGCUAAACCACAUUAAUGAGCGCGUUUUAGUGGCAGUGACCAGAAAGGACAAUACCAUUCGUAUUCAAGGAGAUCAAAUUCUUGCUCUCCAAGAAACUAUCAAGAUACGGGAUCAAGAGCUUCAGCGACAUCAGACGCUCUUGUUGUCUUGA